AUGGCGGCCAUCAAGCGUAAGCACGAGACGAACCAGGGGGCCACAUCUUCUGGUUCGAACUCUACUUCUGUAGGACCUAUGCCCACAACAGCUGAUUCUUCCAUGGAGGAUGGUGCGAAUAUCCGCAUCACUCGGAGCGCUCGGGCCAGCCGAGACGCUCGUGCUCACAACAUGAAUAUUCCCAGUACUCCUUCUGCUAAUAGCAAUACGAAUUCUACUACCAUUACUCAUAAUGGUCGGCCGUCGCGCAUUGUGACGCUCAGCACCAAGACGGCCAGAGCAAACAGUGCUCGCCAGGCCCUGGCUAACAACACCCCUGUGGCGAAUCCUGGCCGCGAAACUCGUACCUCUCGCGCACGUGCUGCUGCCGCGGCCGCAGUUGCUCCUACUAUGCUGCCAGCUCCAGUCCUAGCUGAUCACACAGCGAGAGUAGAUGUUCCGGAAACCCCGCGGUCUAAGCGCGUCAAACGGGCUCCUACUGUUGAAGAAACCCCGAGAACGACGAGGCAGUCGGCGAGAUUGAGAGCUCACGUACCAUCAACCGAAACUGCCCCGGCGGAUUCGCGGGUAGAUACGAAACCGCUCGACGCGAGCCCCUCCGCUGCUCUUGUCCCCGGUGGGCGGACACGGACCAGAAGUCGACAUAUGAUUGAUGUGAGCCAUGAUACGAUUGAAAUUUCGAAUUCUUCAUAUGAUGCAGCGGUUUCUUCGUCUCCUUCAAAACCCACCGUCACCGAAUUCGCAGAGCAGACCGAGCCUCUAGCUCUUGAUUCUGCCCCGCAAUCCACCGAAGAGCAAACUACGCAUCCUGUGGAUGAAGAUGUUUCAAUGAAAGAUACCCCUGACAAGAACGAGGACAAUGUGACCGAUUCCAAGGACCUCCAGGUGGACGAAAAAUCCAACCAAAUAUCCCCCUUGAGUUCGGCCGAAUCUCUUAAACGGAGUUCUCCAAGACCGAAGGGCAGAGUUGAUACCCACGAGACUCCACAGAAGAAACCCAAAUUGGAAGAUGCGGACAUUGAUCGUGCAUUAGACCAGCAAAUACAGGAAGCAGCUGAGAAUGAAGUCGAUGGCAAAUCCACACCGCAGUCACCCACUGAUCAUAACAAUGGUGCUGAAGUCGGAUCUACGACCGAUCCCACGGAACCUCUUACUGUUGACGCUGAUACGGCCGAUGCCGAGCUUACCGGUGGCAUCAAGGGCAAAGUUGCGAAUCUCCACACUGAUGUCACUAUUGCUGACGCCGAUGUUGCUGAUGCUACCGAUGACGCCACCCCUGCUGCUCCGGUGGCGGUUGCGGGGGAUGAGUCCCGUCAGAUCGCCGAAGAAGUCGAAGAACCAGUCUCCGAGAAUGGUACCGGUUUCGCGGCUAGCGGGGGUCGAGGCCGGGGUCGAGGCCGUGGUCGUGGAGGCGGCGUGGGGGGUUCGACGCGAGGAGGAGGAUUACAGAAAGCAAAAGCGAAAGUGAAAGGGAAGGGGAAAGGCAAGGGAAAGGGAAAGGGCAAAGGUCGCGGGCGUAAAGGCAUAGAUGUCGACCACGAUCAGGAUGCUGAACUGGAGCCAGAACCGGUGCGUUCUCCUUCCCCAACGCCUGCUACUCAGCAGCUGCGAGAUCGGCAGCGGGAGUUGGACAAAGCGUACAAAAGGGUAGCCGCUGCUCAGCGACUGGCUUUAUCUGUGUUGGCCGAACAUUCCCAACGCAAGCUUGCGCGGGAUAAAAACGCCCACAAGAAAGUGCCAGAAUAUGAGGAGGUCAAUCAGCAACUGAAGGACAGACUCGAGGCGCGCAAGGAGAUAUUGCGCCAAGAAUUCGAAUACAAGGUCGCGACUGCGAAUCGAAUGCUUGCGCUGGAGAAGGAAAAUAUUGAGCAGCAGUUUCGGAUAAAAUGUCAUGAAAUUCAAGACGAACAUCUCCUCGCUAGUCAAGGAGCAUACAUGGCUUUUGUUGAGGGCCGACAUGCAGCGGAGGACGAUGAACAUACUGAGACUGAUGAGUCGGAGACCGAAGCGGAACCUGGGCGUAUCCGUCCACCGGCUAAAGAGAUGAAGCGAGGAUAUGUUUCCUCCUUCAUUCGAAACCCAGCAGGGGCUGGCCUCUAUGAACGUGCUCUCCAUGGCUGGGAUGAUUUCAUCCAACGCGCCAAAUUGAGAGAAGACAUCGAGCCGCAAAUGAACGACUUGAGGGAAGCCGGUCCAUUCCCAGGAUUCUCCGCACACGACGUCCUCAAUCUCAUUAUCGAGGCAACGGGCGUCGUCCAAACGCAGGACACAGCAACAGCAGCAGCAGCAGCAGCAGCAGCGGCGGCGGCGGCGGCAGAGAUCAACAAAGCUCCCCCUCCGUCGAUACCUGAGGCGCGGCCCGAGGCUUUAUUCGCUCUAGCUGAUGCCGCACUCGCUUCGACUCUACCACCGCCCAGAACGGUUGCGACACCACGGCCCGCCACGCAUCGGACGAUUCUUCCACAGCCCCCUCAACCUCAAAUGCUUCCGGGUCCAACGGAUCCCCGGAGCUUUGUGCUGCCACCACCCAACCCGCAGCGGCAACAGCCACGUCGAUUAUUGCCCGCUGGGCAAUUGCCUGAUCCUUUUGCCGCCCGAACUGGUCCUCCACAGCUGCCUCCUCCCCCUGGAUCCAAUUUCCAGCGUCCUCCCCUCCCCGGGUUUUUGCCCGGGCCUCCUCCUCCUCCACUCUAUUAUUCACACCCUCCACCGCCGGGGCCUGGGAUUCCACCUCCACCAGGGCCCCGUCCACCGUUUUAG